CCUCAAUUAUUGGUAGUAGGUCGAGAUUCUUGAUCCUAUCAUAUCAUCCUAUAUAUGUGCAUGCAAGCUAAACCAUGUUUAGCAUAAAGAAUGGAUGGCAGAUGAGGUGUUCAAAUCUGGUAAUCCUCCUCUGCAAUCUUUAUCGAUUCUCCUUCACUAAUCUCUCUCUCCACUAUUAGUAUUUUUUUUAGAGAGAGAGAGAGAGGAUGCAUGCAUGCUAGCUAGUGUUGCAGUGACAAUGUACUCGUACUCGUACUAGAGAGUAGAGACACGACGACAGUGUGUGAAAGAAAAAUAAAAAGAAAAAGAAAACGAAGAAAAAAAAAGAAACGUGACAGGCCGACACCCAGAAGGUGGCACAGUGCGCGCUUCCCCCGCAUCGAAUCCCAACCGCUCGUCUGCAAAAGGCAGAGUCGCACACGGCCGCGCCACCCCCGCCCCGGCCGCUUACAAAAGGACCACCGGCCCGCUCCCAGUCCCUCCCACAGAGGACAGGACAGCCACCCAUCGAUCUGCAUCCUUUGCCCUGUCGAGCACGAGGGGAAGAUCGAGGGAGCUAGCAGUCGAGAGAGCACGAGGCCGGCGCAAUGGUGACGACGGAGCAGCAGCCGGCGGGGAAGGUGGCCGUCUUCAACCUCGCCGAGGCCGGGUUGGGCGACCGGCCGGAGCUGGACGACGACGGGCGCGAGAGGCGCACGGGGACGCUGGUGACGGCGAGCGCGCACAUCAUCACGGCGGUGAUCGGGUCCGGCGUGCUGUCGCUGGCGUGGGCGAUCGCGCAGCUGGGGUGGGUGAUCGGCCCCGUCGUGCUGCUGGCCUUCUCCGUCAUCACCUGGUUCUGCUCCAGCCUCCUCGCCGACUGCUACCGCGCCCCCGACCCCGUCCACGGCAAGCGCAACUACACCUACGGCCAGGCCGUCAGGGCAUACCUCGGGGUUUCCAAGUACCGGCUUUGCUCGCUGGCGCAGUACAUCAACCUCGUCGGCGUCACCAUCGGCUACACCAUCACCACGGCCAUCAGCAUGGGGGCGAUCAAGCGGUCCAACUGCUUCCACCGCAACGGUCACUCCGCUGACUGCGAGGCCUCCAACACGACCAACAUGAUCAUCUUCGCCGGCAUCCAGAUCCUGCUCUCGCAGCUGCCCAACUUCCACAAGCUCUGGUGGCUCUCCAUCGUCGCCGCCGUCAUGUCCCUCGCCUACUCCUCCAUCGGGCUCGGCCUCUCCAUUGCCAAGAUUGCAGGUGGGGUGCACGCCAAGACGUCGCUGACUGGGGCGACCGUGGGGGUCGAUGUGUCCGCGACCGAGAAGAUCUGGAAGACGUUCCAGUCCAUGGGAGACAUCGCCUUCGCCUACUCCUACUCCAACGUCCUCAUAGAAAUCCAGGACACGCUGCGGUCGAGCCCGCCGGAGAACGCGGUGAUGAAGAAGGCCUCCUUCAUCGGCGUGUCGACGACCACCAUGUUCUACAUGCUGUGCGGCGUGCUGGGCUACGCGGCGUUCGGCAACCAGGCGCCGGGCAACUUCCUCACCGGCUUCGGCUUCUACGACCCCUUCUGGCUCAUCGACGUCGGCAACGUCUGCAUCGCCGUCCACCUCAUCGGCGCCUACCAGGUCUUCUGCCAGCCCAUCUACCAGUUCGUCGAGGCCUGGGCGCGCGCCCGGUGGCCCGACAGCGGCUUCCUCAACGCCGAGCGCGUCGUGCGCGUGCCCCUCGCCGGCGACUUCCCGCUGAGCCCGUUCCGGCUGGUGUGGCGCACGACGUACGUCGUGCUCACGUCGCUGGUGGCCAUGAUCUUCCCCUUCUUCAACGACUUCCUCGGCCUCAUCGGCGCCGUCUCCUUCUGGCCGCUCACCGUCUACUUCCCCGUCCAGAUGUACAUGGCGCAGGCCAAGACGCGCCGCUUCUCGCCGACGUGGACGUGGAUGAACGUGCUCAGCUUCUCCUGCCUCGUCGUGUCGCUGCUCGCCGCCGCCGGAUCCGUCCAGGGGCUCAUCAAGGACCUCAAGGGCUACAAGCCGUUCAAGGUCUCCUAAGGACCGAUGUAUGGAACAUUAGCUGCAGCAAUCAACUCUGAAGCGUGAAUGAGCUAGCAUGCGUAGUAGUGACUAUAUAUACAGACAGCCAUGGCAGGAUAUGAUGAUGGGUCGUCAGGCAGGUUAAUUCCAGUGCAGUUAAUGUUGGUGAAAGUAGCCUAAUUAAGUAAGUAAUGUCUAUAUGGUUUGGAUUUGAACUGUGAAAUGUGUAUGUAGUUAAGUGUAAUGCCAGCAGCAACAGGUUGUCAGUCUGAGCAGAUGGAAAUAAGAUGCUAGAACUCAGUUGACUGAAAUGCAAAUGAAAUCGUUUAAAACCA